GGCUGUAGGGGGUGUAUGAAGGCGCAGUUGUCCUGCUGGAUGUCACAGUUGCUCCUGGAUUCUACACAGUGCGGAUCUCUUCUUCACACUGCUAACAUGGAUAUGAAAGUGAUCGUAGUAUUGGCUUUGAUGGCCGUCGUCAUUAAUGCCCCCGUUUCGAAUGCCAAGCCCAUCAGCCUGGUUGAGAGGUGCUGGUGCCGCUCCACAGUCAACACAGUCCCUCAGAGAAGCAUUCGCGAGCUCAAGUUCCUCCACACACCCAAUUGCCCCUUCCAAGUCAUUGCCAAACUGAAGAACAACAAGGAAGUGUGCAUCAACCCAGAGACCAAGUGGCUGCAGCAGUACCUAAAAAACGCCCUGAACAAAAUGAAAAAAUCUCAACAACAGAUCUAAGAAGCCUGCCAGAUGACACAGGAAUCUGACAGCCCACCGUCACAGAUAUGUACCAUAUAGUCUUCUGGCAUGCUUGGUGACUCAGCACUUAACCUGCCAAAUACGCUUCCCCACUAAAGACUCAGCGAAAGACCACCACUGCCACCCAUGUAGUCUCAUCUGUUAGCGCCAAGUGCAAUUAUAUAUAUGUAUGACUGUGUUUUUAUACCUAUGAUAUGUAUAUACAAUGUUUUUUAUAUCGUCUUGAAAUCAGUAAAGAGAUAUUUUUGGAGUUGUGUUUGCUCCUUGUUUGUGUCGUUAUGGUGGGUCUUGUGGAGCAAACACUUAAAAUGCUCACUACAUCGUCACCUUAUAGAAAAUGAAAGACUGAGCCAGAGGUGUUUGACGGAUAAGGGCAUUGAUCUUUACUAGUUACAUACUAUAGAUAUCUGUACCAGCAUAUAUUGCAUGUAAAACUUGUAUGUCAUGUAUAGAAAAAUGUUUUUGUUCUUACAAAGGGAGGGUUAUUUGGCCAAACAAACAAAGUAUUUAGACUUUGCAUGAACCCUGACAGUUUUGAAUGACUUUGGGCAAUGUAAUUGGCUUUACUGGAAGCAUUUUUGCAAUGCACUCGGCACCAAAAUAUCUCAGCUUUCAAAUGUUAAUUGACCGAUCAGCAUGUGUAAGGAACUCGGCGUCAUAACACACGAAACAACAUUAGACUUAAUAAAAUUAUGUAAUAACUAAAAAAGAGAGCUGGGCUUCAAAAUGCCCAUGCGAUAAGUGAUUUAACCAGGAUAAAGUAAAGUUUACAGCCGAGUUCAAGGAAUUCGAAAGGGCUAAUCUAUCGAUUCAAUUAUAAAAACUAAUUUGAAAGUAUUGUAGGCAAGAUCAAAUUUAGAUGAAUUACACUCUUAAAAAUAAUGGUGCUUCACGAUGCCAUAGAAGAACCGUAUCCUUUAUCCUAACCUAUAAAUGGUUCUUCUUUUCUUCAAAAAAAGUUCUUUAAAGUGAAAAAAGGUUAUAAAAUGAAUAAAGAAAUGGUUCUUUGAGGAACCAAAAAAGGUUCUUCUAUGUGGCAUUGCUGUGAAGAACCCUUUAAAGCACCUUUAUUUUUAAGAGUUUUAGCACUGAUAGUGAAACAUCUGAUGCAGAAAUUAAGACAGAACUUACUAGCAGUAUAUAACAAUGCACUUUAUAACCUCUUGUGAUCAUUUACAAAAACUGAUUUUGAAUGACAUCCGCUAUAGUGAAUAGUUUAAGUGCUUAAUGUUUUGUUUUCUGUGCUUAGAACUACAGUAGUUAUGACUGUAUUGCCAAGUUUAUUAAACUUUUUUGUAUCUUCA